GCUUGGUCUCGGGAUGAGUGAGAUGGGCGGCUCGGGGACUUAAUCCGAAAGAGUCCCGCUCAAGCCGGCUCCACGUGAGACCGAGAGGCUGAUGUAGAGAAAGACGGGGCUUGGGAGAGAAUGACAGAAAGAAGAGAGCAGGGGACAAGGGGGACAAGGGAGGAGAAGAGGGGGAGGGGGACGCGAAGAGUCCGGGGCCCCAGGGGCCCCAGGAAAGUCCCGAUGGUCGGUAUAAAAGGGGCUGCCCCCGUCUACCUUCCAAACGGCUCCCACCUGCACCGCCGCUCCCAGCUCAGUCCCGCCAGUCACCGCUGCGCUCCCAUCAUGGGCCCACGCCGCGACGCUAGCCUCCAACAUAUCUUCCUCCUUGCCACACUUAUUGGCCUCAGCCAAGUCGACUGGGCCAAGAGUCUGCCUGUAACUCAGCCUGAACCCAACAUGCACCCUUGUCUCAGAGGCUCCAAGAACCUGUUGGAGGCUGUAAGCAACACUCUUCAAAAGGCAAGACAAAAGCUUGAACUUUACUCUUGUUCUUCGGAAGAAAUCGAUCAUGAAGACAUCACCGAGGUCAGAACCAGCACAUUGAGGGCCUGCUUACCCCCAGAACUAGCCAAGAAUGAAAGUUGCCUGGUUUCCAGAGAGACACUUAAGGAAUUGUGCCUUAGAAGCAUCUAUGAGGACCUGGAGACAUAUAAGGCUGAAUUUAAUUCGAUCAAGGAAACUCUUGCAAAGGACCCCACAAGGCAGAUUUCUCUGGACCAAAAUAUGUUGGCUUCUGUUGAUGAGAUGAUGCAGGCCCUGAAUUUCAACAGUGAAAAUGUGCCACUGACCUCUUCACCCAAAGAACCUGACUUUUACAAGACUAAAGUCCAGCUCUGCAUCCUCCUUCAUGCUUUUAGAAUCCGGGCUGUGACCAUUGAUAGAAUGAUGAACUACUUGGCUCAUCACCCAAUGGCUUCAUGAUCUUUGAGUUAAGAGUAAAGCUUAAAUACUGAAAACCAUCACCAUCAUUGAAAUUCCAAAGGAAUUUCCAUGAGAUAUUUACCAAUAGCAGUUUUUACUGGGAAUGGGGUUGGGAAAGGAGGGAAGGGGUGGGAUUGUCUGGGUUCUAUUUCAUCUUGCUUAAGUUAUUCUAUUUAUAUUGCCUUUGUUUACAUUCUGCAUUGCCCAGUCCAUGAAGAAUAUGGUUGUUCUCAAUAUGAAUUAUUAAGUCAAUCAGUGUACUUCACUAAGCUUACAAUAGAUGGAAUAUCUUGGUUUUUGUGACCAGAAUUACCAAUGACUGUGAAUGUUCUGACUAAACAUCUUCCUUUCUCUUACUUCGAUAGAAAAAACAAGUAUUUAUAAGCUAUUUCUGUAUGUAAAUGCUGUCUGAAACGUGGAACACUUGAAUGUAUUCAGAAAUAUUUAUUCAGAAAUAUUUAUUUAGAAAUAUUUAUUUAUGCCUUUUUAAGUUGUG